AUGAAACUCCGGCCAGACAAUGUCCCUAUGGCAGAAUGGAGGAAGUUUGUCAAACAGAAACCUAGCCAAGAGUUCAAGGCUAUCAGUGACUCGUACAAGGAGAGAAGACGAAAGCAGAUUCCUCACACAUGUAGCCACAAGGGGAUGGUCAGGUUCUAUGAAGAUUUAAAGAAGGAGAGCUCUGAUCCGGCCGAGGUAUCAAGACUUAGUGUGUGGGUUAAAUCAAGAACCAAAAAGGAUGGUACAGCUGUCAACACGGACGCUGCUGUAAAGAUUGAUCAAGCAAAAGAGUUCAUACAAUCCGACUCUCAGUCUGCUUCAUCAUCAAACCCCGCAGAAGACACUCUUGCUCAGAUAUUGGGACCUGACAAUCCCAGUCGCCUGAGAGCAAUGGGAAGAGGGAUGAGUAUCAGCAAACUUGCUUGCUUUCAAGUAAAGAACAAGUACGUGACAGAGAUGAAGCAUACUCAAGUUCAUCUACAGAAUCAGGUCCAUGAAUUACAAGAGGCUCUUGCGCGUCUCGGAGGCAACCGUUCUGAAGCAGAUGUGGGUGAAAACUCAGCACAAAGAUGUGGCUCCGAAUUAAAAGUAGCUGAGGGUCGAAUACUGUCUACGGACCAUAUGGACUUCAUCAACAACAUUCCAUUGGGACCUAACUCGGUGAAGGUGUUAGUUGAGACAGCCGUCAAUGGGGAGGCUUUUCUGUGGAGACCUGCUGCAAAAAUGUUUACUAUUGCUCAAGAAAGCCCAAGCACAACUUCUAUCAAUAGAUGCAAGCUCCUCAACUGGUUAACAACUGACGAGGAACCUGUUGCUGAAGGUCGUUGGCAGACUCGCGAUCCCAAGGCAUUGGUGAAUGGCAUUCCUCUUGGACCAAAUGCGAUGAAAGUUUUUGUUGAUGUGGUUUUGGAUCCGGAUACAUUCAUUUGGCGGCCAACAGAAGAACUCUCAAUUCUUCAAGACUCUCUUAAAACCUUUGUGGCAUGGCCAGUGGGUAGGGUUGUGAUGGUGGAUGAUUUUAAUCCAGAUGCACCACCUACUUGA